AAUAACAUUAUUAUUAAUUGAAAUAUGGAAUGAAUCUGUCACGCUCUUUUUGUGUUUCCCGAACAAUAAAACAUUUGACUUAGUUGGAUUUACGGAUAACUAAUGUGCUAUGCUUUCAUUUGUCAAAUCAUUAAGAUCUUCAUUUAAUAAUAUAACCGCAGUUGUUGUAUCUGUAUGAGAGAACGAAAAUUUUAUCUGGGUCUCAUCAGCAUAUAAAUGAAACUACUAGUAAUAUUUGCAAAGUAUACUGAAAAAAGUAAUGGACCCAAGAUAGACCACCCCUUUUUUGGAACAUGAACAUUAAAAUGCUAUUAGGAUGAUAACCCUAGGGCGCUGGACAGUUGUAUUUAUAUUUUCUAACAUUCACUGUUAUUCUGGCUGUCAUAUACCGAUUACAAAUAGUUGUAUCGUUGGUUGUAACGAGUACUCAACAAACGAUCAACUAGAAGUACGUCGUCUCACCAUUAUUCCAUUAAACAGUUUCCCAAAGAUAAGAGAUUCACACUUGUUCUCUUAGUUAUUCUACUUCUUAUUUCAAGAAUUGACCUCCCCAAGAUUGAUGCAAAACUAUAGGAAAGGGGAUGGCUGUCAUACGCAUACUUAUGUGCAUCUAGUGAGAAAUCACCAACCAUCACGGUAAUAAUAAAUUCGUCCCAUGUAGAUGCCUUGGAUGUGUACCAUCCUCUGUAUUAAUGCACAUCUGGAACUGCCGAAAUUCCCAUGAAACGCUGGAUCCCAUCUACUUUUGAACGCUAAAUAAAAAAACAUACGUAAUUCUUAGCGUCAAAUAGUUACAAUAGCUUAGUAGAAAAACAUUACUCGAUUUGGUCUGUCGUCCAGGUUCAUCUAUUAAGAUAUUCUGGACGUCGAAUUGAAAUACUUGUGAGGUAAUUUGUUACAAAAGCAAGUCGUAGGGUAUCAUGGUAGAUUAUCAAUCCGACAACCCUGUUUUUGUCAUCUGUCAGCCUUGUCGCGCCUUGCCUUGACCUUGACAAUCAUUUGACAGACGAGUGCGGUGCGGGGCAUUUUUAAAAAAUUCCUAAUAGCUAUAGCACCAAGCUACGAAAAUACGAUAAUUGAAUGUCAAAUUUGUCCAAAAAUAGAAUUGUUUAAUGAAAAUGUAGGAAGAAAGAUUCAUUGUAAGAAAGUCGAUUACUUAAUUAAUUGUUUUUCACAUAACAGUGUAUUGCGUAUCUUGAAAUAGUGGCGGUACAGUGAACGAAAUCUUAUAAAAUGGUUGUGGGCUGUAGAGCCCAGCAGCUAUUGAAAAAUGGCAAAAACGUAUCUGCUUCAUUCACCACCUGCGUUUCUAUGUACAGUACAGCAGGUUUUAAGUACAAAAACUAUGUGAAAUCCGCCAUCCAGAAUGGAAUCGCCACAGACAGAUUUGUUAGGUUAUAUUGUGACUGUAGAAGAGCAUACUCCACAGAUUACCAAUGGCCCAACGAAAUCAAGGCAGGGUUUACUAAAUUAACUGCACAAGAGGUUUCCAUAGCAGGCGUCGUUGCAGAGCAAGAUGAGAAACCCCGUUGGCAAGCUUUUGUUCCGAGAGGAGGAGGACCUAUACACGCGGUGAUUGACACUUUCAAUAACGCUAUCGGAAUAUCCAUCCUGGAGUCGAAUGAAAACGGCGUGUUUUUUAAUGAAGAAGCUAUCACAAAACAAUUCCAUGAUUGGUUAGGAAACUUGGCAGCAACUGUCUUUGAUGGGGAUUCAAAACGACAGAAGAUUCAGGCUCUCGUCGAAUCCAAAGUCAGAGAAGAUUUGGCGCAAAUUAUCAACAGCCCAAUUGUUCAAUUAGGAGAUAAAGUUGGUGCAAUCAAAGACAAGAUCUUGAACAGAAAGACAAGAUCAGUAAUAGGCAACGCUUUCUCAGCGGGAAAAAAUGUUGCACUCAGGCCAAUUUCUCAUCUUAAAAAUGGAGUUGGUGCAAUCAAAAAUAAGAUACCGGUUAGAAAGACAAGUUCAAUAAUAGGCAAAGCUCUCUCAGUAGGAGAGAAUGUUGUGCUAAGGCCAAUUACAUCUUUGGUUAACAAACUACUGAAGGAAAUGCUGACUUUGUGGUUCAAGGAGAGCUACGAGAUGCUAGGCAAAGUUGUAACGUUACCUAUCAGGGCGCUUUUAGAAAAAAUUAUAAACACCUUUUUGCCUUGCAAAAGUUGUCCUUCCCUAGUGUGAAUACUAUUUUGUAUCUAUUUUCUGUUGUUUCAAUAAAGAUUACUUCCCUGUGUUAAAA